AUGAAGGGUACGCACAGUGCUAUUCUGCUGCUUGCUUUGGCAACAUCGACCUACGCACAGUUUAGUUAUGGCGGAUUCAGCAGCAAUGCGGGCAGUAGUAGCGACUUCACGAGUGGUAGUGGGAGCAGCAGCAGCAGCAAUACCAACUACAACAACAACGCCAACAAUAACAACGACAACAACUUCGACACCUUCCAAGGAAGCAAUGACUACGAUUUUGGCGCCUUCGGCAGCCUGUCGCGAUAUCGAACCAUGCUCCUAGCCCACGCCGUUCUGGCAACAAUAGCAUUCGGAUUCUUCUUCCCUCUAGGCGGAAUUCUCAUCCGUCUGGGCUCCUUUCCGGGACUUUGGAAAGUGCACGCCCUGAUUCAAGUCUUUGCCACCAUGAUGUACAUCGCGGCGCUUGUACUCGGCAUCAAGCUCUCGAUUGCUUCGGGACGAGGUCUAACCUCUCACUACCAUCCUAUCAUUGGAUAUGUGCUCAUGGGACUACUUGUUCUCCAGCCCUUGUCUGGAAUGAUCCAUCAUAAAGUAUUCCAGAAGCAGCAUCGCCGAGUGAUGUGGUCGUACGGCCAUAUUUGGCUAGGGAGGAUUCUUAUUACAUUGGGAAUCGUCAACGGUGGCCUAGGCCUAAUGUUCGCCAUGGACUACCCAAUCCUCCCACCGCCCCGAGCAGCUAUAAUCGGAUAUAGCGUCGGCGCUGGAGUGAUGUGGUUCAUCUACCUAUUCGCAAUCAUGAUCGGUGAAGGAAGGAGAGAAGGCCGAGUUGAAUCUUCGGCAGCCAACAGGGACGAACACCCCAGCAGUCGAAGCAGAAAUGGUGGAGGGAAUCGCAGCAAAGGUCCACGGAAGAGCAGAUCCCAUGUGAGAGUACAAAGUAUCCGCUACAUCGGAAGUGAGGAGAUACUGCAACGUCGCUAA